AUGGCGGGCAAGUUCCGCGGCGAUGUCGGCAAGCUCUCAAAGCCGAAAAAGAGCAAGGCAGCCAAGCGGGGCAAGAGUAAGAAGGUAUCCGCCCUUGUCAAGCGUAGUCCCAAGUUAGCGCAGGACACUCUGCAGAGUCGCAUUGCUGAGCUCACCAGCCGCGAGAGCGCCGCACGUGCUAACAUCGGCGGGGCGAAGGCCAGCAAGGAAGCGGUUCCUCCCUCCGCAGGGAGGGUCCAGGUCGGCAAAGCUGCAUUAGAGGUGGUGGGGAAGCGAAGGCGAGAGCGUGUGGUGCCGGAGAAGGAUGUGCCGGUGCAGCGAAGCACAGCAGAGGCUGUUGGUUUGAAGAUCUUGCACCAGGCCGUCAAGAGCCAGAGCCACGGUCGACUGCUACCUCAUCAGAACCGCCACGACUAUGAGUAUCGCCUCCGCUCUGUUGCCACCAUGGGCGUAGUGCAGCUGUUCAACUCACUCGCGCAGUCCCGAAAGGCGAGCGCCGCUUUAGACACCGAGAAGAAGAUGACGUCGGACAAGGUGAUGGAGAAGAAGCAAAUAGUCUCGAAGGAGGUCUUCUUGGCGGCAUUACGCCAACCGCAGCAGUACUGA